AUGAUAAUUGACGGCGAAAAGUACGCUUGCGAGGCAUGCGUGCGCGGGCACCGUGUUAGCAACUGCCAGCACUCGGAUCGUCCUCUUCAACAUAUCAACAAGAAGGGCCGUCCUGUCUCUCAAUGCGCCCACUGCCGGUCCAUGCGCAAGUCGCGCGCUGCCCACAUCAAGUGCGACUGUGGUGAGAAGACGAGCAAGUGCACUCACUUGCAGCCUACCGUCGAAGGACACACUGAGACCUGCUGCUGCAACCACGGUGGCCGCUGCACUUGCGCCCUCAAGAAGGAGCCAAGCCUCGACACCGUCCAUGAAUCCGACUCGGAACAAGAAUCCACCGACGUUCAAGCUGCUGCACUCGCGGCCAGUCGUCCCAAGCCGCCCGUCAGACCCCGACGUCGUGCCAACACCAUCCACGCCGAUGGCGGCCUCUCGUUCGACGAGAACGGCCAUCACAAGCCCAUGGCCAAGCACAACCGGGCUGCCCAAAAGUGCAACCCGUACCAGCUUAAUCGCGUCAACUCGGCCAACAGUGCCAGCAGCCUCGGUGCUGGCGUUGAGGGUCUGAGCUUCACUCACAACUCCAAGAGCGCUGCCGCCCGCGAGCGCCGAGUCAAGUCGGAAACCGCCUCGCCGCUCAUGGCCGCCUCCAGCUUCCAGCUUGGCACCGCCAACCUGCCACCUCUGGAUCUCUCCAGAAUCGACAAUUCCGCCUACAUUGGCAACGGCGGCUCCUUUGACCUCUUUGGUUCCGGCUUUGACCAGGACGGCCCCAUGUACAGCGCUGGCCUCUCUGCCGCUUCGGUCGACUGGAGCAACUACGAGUUCAGCGACGGCCGCCCGGACAACUUUGCUCCCUCGAGCUACAGCCAGACUGGCGGCCGCAACUUCAACGGCCUCUGUGAGUUUGGUAGCGGCUCCGAACAGCUUCCCAACCUCGCCAACACCACAUCCACCUCGGGCGACGUCUCCGAAGUCGAAGACUUUCUGCCGGGCGGCGACGACAUGGACGGCUUUGGUAGCAACAGCUUUCUGCGCCAGAACGUCAUGGCCGCUGGCGCUGCUGACCUGACAAGUAUCGAUUACGACAGCUUCUACAAGAACGCCGAAGCAAAUGCCAUGGCCGGUUCAGGCGUAUCUCUCGUCGAGGAGGACCCCGCAUUCUGGAUGCCCAACUACAAUGACGGCAUUGCCACCGUUGAUGAGAGCGCCGACCCGCUUGGUGCCGCGACAGCAAACAACUAUUGGCAAGUAUAG